AUUUCACACUGAAUCGCUUUCCAUGCCGAGCAAUGAGCUCAUAAAUUUUCAUCUUUAUUUUUGUUGUUUUACGAAAAACCUUCUGAAAUCCGUUGAGAAAGUGACCUGAAAAUGCAAAGAAUAGCGCUUCGUUUACCGGCAAUUGUGCCUCGUUCAUCUCAAAUUCUUAAUGCAUCACAAAGUUGGAGGAUACAAUGUCAAAAUUAUUCAGGGAGACGCCCCGGAUUCUUUGCUCAAGUCAUCGACAACAUCAAAGACGAGAUGCAAAAGAACAAAGAAAUGAAGGAGAAUCUAAAGAAAUUCCGCGAAGAGGCACAAAAACUCGAAGAAUCCGAUGCUCUGAAAGCUGCUCGUCAAAAAUUCAACACAGUCGAAGCUGAAGCUGCGAAAUCAAGCGAUGCAUUAAAGGAUAAAUUGGGCAAUAUCAAGGACAAAGUUGAAGAUGUUUUCGAAGAAGUUGGAAAAACAGAAAUUGCAAAGAAGGCAAAGGGCAUAACGGAUGACAUUUCGAAACAAGCACGAUCUGCAGCUGAACAAAUUGCCGAAACGGGACAAAAACUUGGCGCUUCGGAAGCUUUUAAAGCUGCGUCACAAGCAGCUGCAACUGUUAAGAAGGAAAUUGGCGGAAAUACAGGAAUCGAAGGACGUGUAUAUGUUAGCCCGGCAAAACUACGAAAACGCGUUGAAGUGAUGUUUGACGAAAGUAGCAAAGUGUUUGAAGCAAAUACCGAAGCCAUGGGCGUCGAAUUACACAAAGACUCAAAAUUCUAUCAAGCAUGGGAGGAUUUCAGGAAUAACAACCAAUAUGUGAACAAAGUGCUGAGUUGGAAGAUGAAAUAUGACGAAAGUGAGAAUCCUGCAAUUCGAGCAUCACGUUUACUCACAGACAAAAUUACUGACAUUUUCGGAGGACUUUUCUCGAAAACGGAACUCUCUGAAACCUUAACGGAAAUCUGUAAAAUCGACCCGAAUUUCGAUCAAAAACAAUUUCUGAGAGAUUGUGAAAACGACAUUAUCCCGAAUAUUUUGGAAGCAAUGAUUCGCGGAGACUUGGAAAUUCUUAAAGAUUGGUGUUUCGAGAGCACUUACAACAUUAUCGCAACCCCCAUAACGGCGGCGAAAAAACUCGGUUACUAUUUGGAUUCCAAAAUUCUUGAUAUCGAAAAUGUCGAUAUUGCAAUGGGAAAAGUGAUGGAACAGGGACCCGUUUUAAUAAUUACUUUCCAAACACAACAAAUUAUGUGUGUGCGAGAUAGUAAGGGCGUCGUUGUCGAAGGAGAUCCUGAUAAAGUGAUGCGCGUUAACUAUGUGUGGGUUUUGUGUCGCGAUCCAAACGACCUAAAUCCAAAAUCAGCAUGGAGACUAAUGGAAUUAUCUGCAAAUAGUACAGAACAAUUAGUUUAAAA